AAAGAUAACAAAUCGACUAUCAUAACCAUGGCAACCCUUCUCGAUAGCAAAUCCCAUCUGAUCCCCGGGAAACUCCAAGUCACCGAGCUCGUCUUUCAGGUGCCAAAAGAUUACUCAAAUCCUUCUCUGGGGACCCUACGAGUUUUUGCUCGUAGUGUAACCAAGCAUGAACGACCCGCAGGAUCUGUUAAUGAAAAGGGGGAACCCCUGCAAAAGCCAUGGCUUCUUUGGCUCCAAGGCGGUCCAGGGAAAGGAUGCCAACCCCCCCAAGCAUCCGGCAUUACCAAACUCAUUUUAGAUCGGGGAUACCAGAUGCUCUAUAUGGACCAGCGAGGGACAGGGCUUAGCAGUCCAAUAACCGCGGAAACUCUGGCGCUGCAGGGUGAUACCCAAGAGCAAGCUGAUUACCUCAAGCUAUUCCGUGCUGAUAGUAUCGUUGCGGAUUGUGAGGCAAUACGGCAUGUACUUACUCAGAAUUACCCGGCUGAACUCAAGAAAUGGAGCAUCUGGGGGCAGAGCUUUGGCGGUUUUUGCGCCUUGACGUAUCUUUCCAAAUAUCCUCAGGGUCUUCAAGAAGCGUUCAUUUCUGCCGGCAUGACGGCGAUAGGAAAGGGACCAGAUGAGGCAUACGGAAAGGACUUCAAAAAGAUGAUAGAGCGAAACGAGGCGUACUAUGAAAAGUUCCCGGAAGACAUCGAAACCAUCCAUGAUUUAGUAGCUCAUAUCGACUCCAAGGGUGGCUUGCAAAUGCCAGCAGGCGGAGUUUUGACGGUACAGAGAUUCCUGACACUCGGCAUGGUGUUUGGCCUGUCCGGCGGAUUUGACACAGUCCAUGAUAUUGUGCUUCGCAUGCGUUUGGAGCUUAGAUCAUUCAACUUGAUCACUCGUCCGACAUUGUCAAAAAUCGAGGCGAUUGGAGGCUACGAUGACAAUGUCAUCCAUUUCAUUCUCCGCGAAUCCAUCUACAACCCCCGCGGACCUUCAAACUGGGCGGCUGAACGCGUCUCUACGUCCUUGGAGGAAUACCGUUGGGUGCUUGACACGACCUCGGCGACAAAAUCAAGCCGCAAGGCCCCAUUAUGCUUUGCUGGCGCAAUGAUAUUCCCAUUCAUGUUCGAGACAUUUGCCGAGCUCCGAAAGCUUCGCAAGGUAGCCGAGAUCAUUGCCCAGUACGGGGAAUGGCCGGACUUGUUCGACGAGCGCCAACUCGCGAAGAAUGAAGUUCCGGUGUACGCGGCUGUAUAUGUGGACGAUGCACAGGUGAAUUUCGAGUUGGCGCAAGAGUCUAUAAAGAAGGUGAGGAACUGCAAGCAGUUUAUUACGAAUACCAUGUAUCACGAUGCCGUUAGAACCAAGACAGAGCAGGUGGUUGAGGCGUUGUUCGCGUUGAGGGAUGAUGUGAUGGAUUGA